CAGCCCAUCUCCCAAAUCCUCCCGGGCACCCACAGUGUGGGGCUGGGAUUCAGACUCACAACUCCUGGCCCGGCUCAGGCCGAGGAUUUGGGGGAAUUGAGGGGCUCUGGGACAGCAAAAGCCCAAAAAUGGGGGCGGAGAGAGAGGAAACCGCAGGGAGAGGCAUCUCCAGAGCGUGGAAUUCCAGGGAUCCGGGGGAGCUGAGGCCGGGAGGAGGCGAUGCACCGACCCAGGGCCCUUCCAGCGCUGCCAAAUUCCCACCCCAGCUCCGGGGUGUCCCCACGGCGGAGCCCCCACACCCAACCUCCCCCCCGGGUGGGGUUUCUCCACGCUCUCCCCGGGAACUGGAGUUACUUCCACCUCCCUUUUCCCAGCCUGUCACUUAUAAGGACUUGUGUCUCACUUGUUUAUCGGAGCGGAGCAUAAAAGGAACAGACUCACAACUGGGCCGUCGCCUCCCAAAGCAUCCCCACAUACAUUUUCCUACAAUAAUUAAACUGCUGGGUCCUACCACCAGCCCGAGGUCAAUUUAAUGAAAUAAAACACCUUAUAUGGCCAUAUGGCCAACACACCAUCACUGAGCCUAUUUAGGGUCUUUGUUUAGAGAGGAUCCGCCUCUGAGGUUCCUGGGGCUCGCUGGUAUUUAUACCCAGGGCGCAGCGGGGCUCGGUCCCAGAGGAAAGGAGCUCUCGCCUCUGCGCUUUUCCCCCAGGUCCCCCCUGAGCACCAACCGCUCCCGGCCCCACCAUGUGCGAGGAGGAAACCACCGCCCUGGUCUGUGACAACGGCUCCGGCCUCUGCAAGGCCGGCUUUGCCGGCGACGACGCCCCGCGCGCCGUCUUCCCCUCCAUCGUGGGCCGGCCCCGCCACCAGGGCGUCAUGGUGGGCAUGGGGCAGAAGGACAGCUACGUGGGCGACGAGGCGCAGAGCAAGAGGGGCAUCCUCACGCUCAAGUACCCCAUCGAGCACGGCAUCAUCACCAACUGGGAUGACAUGGAGAAGAUCUGGCACCACUCCUUCUACAACGAGCUGCGCGUGGCCCCCGAGGAGCACCCGACCCUGCUCACCGAGGCCCCCCUCAACCCCAAGGCCAACCGGGAGAAGAUGACGCAGAUCAUGUUUGAAACCUUCAACGUCCCCGCCAUGUACGUCGCCAUCCAGGCCGUCCUCUCCCUCUACGCCUCCGGCCGCACGACCGGCAUCGUGCUGGACUCCGGGGACGGCGUCACCCACAACGUGCCCAUCUACGAGGGCUACGCGCUGCCCCACGCCAUCAUGCGCCUGGACCUGGCCGGGCGGGACCUCACCGACUACCUCAUGAAGAUCCUCACCGAGAGGGGCUACUCCUUCGUCACCACCGCCGAGCGGGAAAUCGUGAGGGACAUCAAGGAGAAGCUCUGCUACGUGGCCCUGGACUUCGAGAACGAGAUGGCCACGGCCGCCUCCUCCUCCUCGCUGGAGAAGAGCUACGAGCUCCCCGACGGGCAGGUCAUCACCAUCGGCAACGAGCGCUUCCGCUGCCCCGAGACCCUGUUCCAGCCCUCCUUCAUCAUCAUCGCCCCCCCGGAGCGCAAGUACUCGGUGUGGAUCGGCGGCUCCAUCCUGGCGUCCCUCUCCACCUUCCAGCAGAUGUGGAUCAGCAAACCCGAGUAUGACGAGGCCGGACCCUCCAUCGUCCACCGAAAAUGCUUCUAAGCCCCCUCCCCGCCCUGUGGUGGCCCCCCCGGCCUGGCCUGGGGGGUUCCACUCCUCCUCCUCCUCCUCAGCCUCCGCUGCUCCUCCCCCCCACCCACUGCGCAUUAA